GUAGGAUCGCCCUCGGUACUCUGGCAGCUGUUAGACCGCUGCCCGAGUGCCUCCACAGGAACGUAAACACACUUUCUACCUGUCACAACAUUUACCUGAUUGUACCUGUGAUAUUGCACCCCUGUGCGACGAUUAAGUAAUCACAUGUGUGAGGCUUGUUUUAUUACUUGAGAAACAUAUGGAAAGUAGCAGCCCAAAGAUGAUCUCAACCAUGGAGCAAUUUGUACGUCAAGUUGAUUACAUCAAGUUUAAUGGGUUUCCAGGAGGUCUGUGCAGUGAUCUGGCAGAAAUCACGGGAGCUACAGAAAGCUUGACUGUAUGGAACACCAGACAGGACAAUGGAGAGACGGUGGAAGCCAUCCGUGAGGGCAAGCCUGGAGAUGAAUUAUUGAUCAAGGUUCCAUAUGCAGGAACACACCUCACUAUCCGCCUCCUCUUCUACCUCCAAGAGCCAUGGAUGCCUCCUGAUAUGUCCUUCAGUGAUAUUCAGUUUUCAUCAAGUAUCUCAGUCAAGGAUCUUGAGGAGCUGGUGCCAACACUUAAUAAUUGGAACUGUUCUGAGGAUGAUAUAAUUGCUCAACUGCUUCACCAGUUAUUACAACUAUACAAAAAGUACCAGCUGGAGAAGCUUGAAGAUGAUGAUGUUCUACAGUUUGAGUACCAGUCUCUCUUGAAGACUCUUCAAAUUGGGGAGGGUGAUAUUGAGAUUUCAGUGAGUGGUGCAGGACAUCGUGCUUCAUCCCUGUUGGUACGCCUGCCAUUGAGUUUACAGGACGUACCACCAGUUUUGAUUGAUGCUAACCCAGGCUCAGCAACUAGUCUUCUUCAAGUGACCUUUCAAGGUACUGAGGGAGUGUUUGUUCCGAGGCUGCAUCUAUCACCACGUGUUGAAUUGCUCAUUGGAGGUGCAAACUCUUUAGCACUUCCAAAUGUUCCUCCUGGUACUUGCCUAAUUGAUUAUGUAGAGAGGGUGUUAGAACUCCUGGAAGAAAAGGUGCGAAAAUCUGUGCUAUGUUUUGAAACGAGAAAACAGUUCGUUGCUCAGGUGUUGUGCCAGUUUGGAUGUGCUGUGGUGGAAUAUGAUGCUGAACGCUUUAACAAGGUCGUGCUUAUGUUUGAAGUGAAAGACUUCCAUUUUCUUACCUUCAUUACUCUUGGUUCAAGUUUUCCUCAGUUGCAGGCACCAAAGAUAGUCCUGCAGUCGCUGUAUCACAGUGGUCCACGGGAGCCAUACUCCAAGGAGCUCACCGAGGUCAAGUACAGUCCCCAGUGGAAUACAGAGGAGAUGGUGAGGAACAUAAAGGAUAUCAUCCUUGCAAAUGUCUCCACAUUCCAAUCCUCCUCUAUUAGGGCACCCUGAGCAAAUCCUUAAUUAUAAACUUGUAUAAUAUUAUUGUCUACUUGUAAUUAAUCUUGUAUUUUAAUGCUCCAGUAGGCCUAAAUUGUAACUAAUUUUUUAUAUUUCUAAUAAUAGAAAUAGGUAAAGUGAAAGUAAAUUUAAACAUGUCAUUUACUAAACCAAAUUAUGAUAGGAAAUUACUAGCUGUUUUUAAUUCAAGUGGAAUGUGUGUGUGUGUCAACAUUGCUAUGUACUUUCACACUACAACAUGUGAUUUUACUUGGAUCAUUUUGCUUUGCAAAAUCAAAGAAUUUUGUACUUUAAUUGAAAAAAGCAUACUUUUCCUAGUUUUUGUAAGUUAUGAUUUUAAGAACAGUGAUGCUCAUAAGGUCAGUACAAUGUAGUAUAUACAUUUUCAUACUAUAAUCAUUGUGUAAUCCUGUCAUUUUGUAUAUAGGCACAAUAUUUUUAUGACUAAGAAUUUGGCACUUUUUGUAGAAAACCUUAGAAACUCUCUGCAAUUUAUAGUGUAUUGCAAGAUUUUCAUAAAAUAGUAUAUGCCUAACAUUAGUGUAUUGUAAAUGUAUAACUGUAAAUGACCUAAUAAAUUUAUAUUAUUUUUCUA